CACGACAACGGUUGCUAAGGGCGCCACAACAACAGUAGCAGCCGAAACACUGCAUCAAUUUGAGGCCUGGCGGAUUUUGGACACCGCAACUAUAAUACCUGGUGUGAUCUGCUCUCCGGGAUAUCAAUUAGUCGACCAGUUUGACAUCUGCGAAAAUGAGUCGAGAGGUGCUGGCUGAGAUCAACUGGGCAGAGGGCUUCGCCAUCCCGGUGGCAAACACGGAGAAUAAAGCUUUGGAAGAAGAAGUUCAAAAGAAACAGAAAGAAAAGGCACAUUUGUUAAAUCAGUUGAAGGAAUAUGAAGACCGAAUAAAUGCCAUGGCCGACCAUUUAAAAAAUGUCCGUCAAGAGCUGACAUACACUCAAUCUCUUUGUAGGGCCAGAGAGAAAGAAACGGAAUCUGAAGAACACUUUAAGGCUCUCUCAGAAAGAGAAAUUGGACGUCUCAAACAAGAAAUCCAGAGACUUGAAAAUGAACUAGUGUCCUUGAGAGAAAAGAAAAACAACCAGGAAAAUAACAUUUUCAAAUGCACACAAAAACUGGAGAACCUUAAGUGUCGGCUCAACUGGGAUCAGCAGGCUUUGGAGGCCUGGUUAGAAGAAUCAGCACGCAAAGAUGAAGAUUCAGUGGCUAUCCAGAAAUAUGCUCAAAAAGAUGAUGGAAAGAUUAAAGAGCUAUCUCUGCAGAUUGAGAAGAUGACAACGGAAUCUAAUCAAAAGCGUAAAUUUUUGGACAAUGAGUUGACAGAAACCAUAACUGCACAGAUUGAACUGGACAAAACAGCUGAAGAUUUCCGUAAAGCCCACUUAGAAAAGGCAGUUGCUAAUCCAGCAGUGGGGAAAGCCACCAUAGACCAGAUGCAGAAGAGGGACAGAGAAAUUGACCCAGUACUAGCCCAAGUCAAACAGGAUUUAAGAGACAGAGAAAGUUUAAUUAAGGAGAAAAUGGAGUUUCUAAAUAGUGAGUGUGAGAAUAACAAAGAAUAUGAGAAGAAGAUCGCCCAAGCAGAGAGACUGGCAGCCAAACUGAGACAAGACUAUCAAGUACAGGAGAGUACACGGGGUCAACUUCAAGAUGAGCUGGAUACUCUGAAAGGUACUGUUGACCGGACUGCCUCAGAGUUAGAGGCGAUGCGAAUGCAGGUUAAUAAUCUGAAGAAAGAAGUGCAGGAUAAACAAGAUAGGUUGAGUAUGGCAAAAGAUUAUAAUGAAGGACUUUCUAAAAAACUAACGUUUGUGAGUGAAUCAGUACUCAGUGUGGAAGAGAAAGCAUCACGUAUGGAAGAGAUGUUUAAGGAACAAGAAAAAUCUGUUAAGGAUCUUGAAACCCAAGUGAAACAGAUAAGAGAACCAUUCAAAAAAUCACAGGAGCUGCAUGAACAUAAAUCAAAAGAAAGGGAUAUUAUAGCAGAAAUUAACGGAAGCCAAGUCGCACUGAGAAACCUUAAUAGUCAACUUCAAAAACUUGACAUGCAUGCUCUAAAGCAACAGGGAAUCAUUUAUAAUCAGGAUUUUCAGAUCCAGCAAUUGGAGCGAAGGCUUUCACGUUUAAAGGGGGAGGUCAAUACUGAUGAAAAACAUGCUUUGGAAAUGAAAGUAUCCGAACUUACCAAAAUAUUAGAAGAGCGCAAAGCUGCAUUUAAUCUCUUAAACACUCAGCAUAAAAAACUCCAGGGGGAUGUCCGAUAUCUCAAAAGAGAGAUUGACAAAACAGCACAGGAGAAAGGAGCUCUGACCAGCAAAAUGGAAGAACUUGCACUUUUCAAUACUAUGUCAGAAAAAGCAGUAAAGAAGAUCAGAGCAUCAAAUCAGGAUUUAAUGGUUGAUGACAAUAUCCUAAAGCUGGAAAUUAAACGGUUAAGGGACAUGCUAUACAGCAAAGCAGAUGACGUCUUCUCACUGGAAAAACGCAAGUUGCACUUACAGACUGCAAUGAAGGAGCGGACAGAAGAGAUUACUAUCCACAAAGAGAUGCUUAAAUCACAACUAAGAUUUGUGGAACAGGAGAGACAAAGCAUAAGUUCAGAGCUUCAUGAGAGACUUGCAAAAGUAGAUAAAAUGAGAAAGAGAUAUGAAAUCCUUACUGUUGCAAUGAUGCCCCCUGAAGGAGAAGAGGAAAAAUCACAAGCCUAUUACAUUAUCAAGGCUGCUCAAGAAAAAGAGGAACUCCAGCGUGAAGGUGAUGAUCUGGAUGCCAAAAUUCGUAAAGCUGAAAAGGAAAUAACAGCUUUAGAAAAUACUCUUAAGGUUAUUAAUGGAUGCAACAGCUCCUUCAGAAAAUCAUUUAAUAAAGUUACUGAAACAAGUGAAGAAUAUGAAGAGAAACUUCAACUAGAAGAAAAAAAAAAAGCUGCAGAAGAAAAGUAUAGAUACAAACGUAGGCAAAUUAGGGAGCUACAAGAAGAUAUUCAAAUUAUGAAAAACACUUUUGAUGACAUGAUGAAAGAAGAAUCUUCCUACCAGGAGAAAUUGAAUGAAAUGCUUCCUUGUAUCACACAUCUUAACAAAGAAACAGAAGAUCAAAAGAUAAAGUUAGAAAGAGUGCUAAAACAGUGUAAUAAACUGGUGAAAGAAAUUCGCUCAGCUAAAAAAAGCAGAGGGGAAACCCAAAAUGAACAGGAUAUUAAUGUCCGUGAUCUACGAGAUUUUAAUAGAUCAAUUAAUAAGAUGCUGGCUCAAGCGAUGGAAAAGAAUACUGAAUUGGCUGCUGCACUACUGCUAUACUUCCAAAAGUCUGGUUUAGAAAUACCUUCAACUGUUUCUGCUCCAGGAAGUUGCAGUUCAAGGUCUACUUCAUCAAGAAGCUCAACUAUAUCCGUGCGAUCAAGUUCUUCUAGAACUUCAGCCAGCUCUGGACCAUCUCCGCGGAUUAAAGUGGUUGAACUUGGUUUGCCUACCUCCUCAAGAUCAUCAAGUGCAUCAUCAUCUCGCAGUGCAAGGACUCUGAAGAGUCCAAAAUAAUGCAAAGGAUUUGUUAAAUGACAAUAUUGAAUCAUCAACAUUAUUACACUUAAGCAUAAAUUCAACUCUGUCUGAAUUACUUAUUUAAAAAUAAAAUAAAAUUCAAAACGGAAUAAA